AUGGAUGAGACAGGGAUUGAGCCGGUAGGCAUCUAUAUCCUGUCCGGGAAGGAGGUGAAGAAGAGACUGCGUGGGGAGACAGAGACGGUGGCAAUUUUCGAAAAAGAAGAGGAUAGGGUCAACGCUCUGGCGAAGUGCUCGCUAUUUGUUUCGAUCAUCUGUAUCCAAGGUCUGACAUACACCAUGACGGCAACUGCGCCGCCGGCUGACGAUGAUACCGAAAUGAGACUACCCCCGGAUCUGGUUGACAGCGAUCAGGAUGCGGAGGGAGAGGAGGAGACGGAUUUGUAUCAGAUGGAUCAACAGCUCCAGGAUGCUGUACAUAGGGCAUAUUCGGGAGAGGUUGCAGAAGAAAGCAACAGUGCUAGCCGCGAGGACGAUAGAGAUGCGGAGGGGGAGCCGGAUUCUGAUCUGGACUCUAACGGCGAAAAUGAUGAGACUGAGCCGGUGGGAGCUGUGAAGUUACCGAAGGGGAAAUCUUCCUUGGAUAACGAGGAUGCGGCCGACGCAGAAGGUGACGCAGCUUUCGAGAACCAAAGUGACAGCGACCAGGACGCAUCCGGCUCUAGUUCAAGCAGCCGGGGAUCCGAUGAGGAGGAUGACGAUGAGGAGUGGGAUGGUGAGAGUAAUGACCAUGACGAUGCAGAAGUGGAUAACAACACGGUGCGCGGUAACUGCAUAUUUUGUGGUCAAGAUGAAGAUCACGAUCCGAGUGAGGACUUUGAGGAGUAUCUGACAUGCACAGUUUGUGGCGAUCACUAUGCCAGCACAUGGAGAUGUCCUACAUGCGUUCGGGAAAAACUGGAACCAGACGCUGAGGGCAAUAAUUCGUCCCAUCGAAGGCUCGGCCCGAAGAACAUGCAAAAAGAGCUCUUGCCAGCACACACUGGAGAGGAAGGCUCUGGCUUUCACUCAAUUUUCAAUACAGUGGAUAUUGAUGAUGAUAACUUAUUGAACAGCUCGCGAUCGCUACGAAAAAGGAAAACCUUGUCAGCAGAUGUACAGGAACAUACACCCGUGCUUCGAAAACGGCAGAGACAGACAUCAUUACGGUCCGAGCGGGCUGAGUCGAGAGACCAUUUGGGCGAUGCUUCAGACGCCCUAUCUCCGGUACGGACUCGUUCUCGCCGUGUGCGGGGAGGGGAAAAGGAAAAUUGCCGCGUGGUAUUAAGGCAGUUUGGAAGGCUUAUGUUAGCUUUUCGACUCAACGAGACCAAGCUAUCUAAAAUCCUCGGUUCUCGCAGUCGGUCACAGCACAGAGGUCGAAGAACCCCUAAGCCGCCUCCAGUGGCACAUGAACCUCCAGCACAUUUUGCCCCUAUUGUCCCCGUGUCAUACGUGUCUCCUUUCUAUUCUUUCAACGAUCGCGAGAUGGACGAAUCUAAAUCCAAACCGUACGGUGGCAUUCUGUCAGAAGCAGACGCUGACACCACCAAGACUCUUCCGACACAGCCUGACCGUGAGAGGUUCGAAGUAGCGCGACAAAAGGCUGAAGAAGAGUGGCAAAGACGAGUCAUGGAAGCCGAGAGCGGCGGAGAGCCUGUACAGCAUGCAGCACAGAAGGUCUCGGGUCCACCGUCCAGGAUAAAGUACAUCAACUUUGGUGGCUAUGAGAUUGAGACCUGGUACGCGGCGCCUUAUCCAGAAGAAUACAGCCGUAACCGUGUGCUUUACAUCUGUGAGUUUUGCUUAAAGUACAUGAACUCGGAUUAUGUCGCAUGGCGCCACAAACUCAAGUGCCCGGCAAAGCAUCCUCCUGGAGAUGAAAUCUACCGCGACGGCUCGAUUUCAAUCUUCGAAGUCGACGGAAGAAAGAACCCGGUAUACUGCCAGAAUCUCUGCCUGCUUGCAAAACUGUUUCUCGGUUCAAAGACCCUAUAUUACGACGUCGAGCCGUUUCUUUUCUACAUCAUGACCGAAUUUGACGACUUGGGCUGCCAUUUCGUUGGCUAUUUUAGCAAAGAAAAACGGCCCAGCUCCGCAAAUAACGUUUCCUGUAUCCUUACUCUGCCUAUUCAUCAGCGAAAAGGCUAUGGUAACCUUCUCAUCGACUUCUCAUACCUACUCACGCGCAUCGAAGGGAAAACGGGGUCUCCCGAGAAGCCGCUUUCGGAUAUGGGUUUAGUGUCUUAUCGGAAUUACUGGAGGCUUAUUCUGUCAUACCAACUUCAUAAGCAGAAGACGCCACUUAGCAUCGUGGAGCUUUCGGAGCGGACAGGCAUGACAGCGGACGACAUUGUUUCUGGCCUUGAAGCUUUGCGUGCACUUGUCAGAGAUCCAGUGACGAAGACUUAUGCAUUACGACUUGACUACAAAUACUUCGAAGAAUGCAUACAGAGCUGGGAAAGUAAAGGCUACGUUCAGCUUAAUCCCGAUGCUCUUGUGUGGACGCCCUACAUAAUGGGUCGAAGCAACCAGUCACAGUUCGAUAGGGCUCCGUUACAUGCAGUUGCCCCACGGGAGGGUUUAGAAGACGAGGAGGUCGAGGACGUGAAGGAUUCUGGAAACGAGGAAGAGCAACAACUUUCAGAAAGUCUGGGCAAAGUCAAUGGAGAUGAUAGCCCUCAACCGACCAUUAAUGGUGCUGCGCAAGCUGUGUCCGGGGAACUUUCAGCUGAACCUGCCGGACCUCCUUCGACUGAACUUUUGACUAAUGGUUCUGGCCUUCAUCGCACACAACUAGCUGCAGACUCUAAAUCCACAGAAUCAAACCCAAUCCAAGAUAUACCAGCCUGGCGAUUUGAGGUUUAUCCUCCUGUUCAGGCGCCUGUUGUCAAACGACGCCCAGGUCGUCCCUUUGGCAGCAAGACCACAUACAACAAGGUAGCUGUCACUCCGACAACUGCUCGCACUAGUGGUCGUAACACACCUAGAAGAUCAUCUGCACUAGCCUCUAUGACCCCUACUGCAAAUGCAUCUAGCGUCCGGCGCGGUCGAAGUGCAAAGUUACUAGACUCUCCUGCAGUUGAAUCAACUGGCACUGAGGCCAACGGUGUCGAAAAUGAUGGCCAGCUGCCAGAUCAUGAGGGUGACAAGGGCGGGGAACAAGACCCAGCUCAGCCUGAUGGAUUAUCGGAGACAGAUGUCCAAAAUAACCACACGGGAGAUCAUGACGCGCCGGGUCAACUUAAUGGUAUCAACGGGGUGGAAACCGUGGACACAGAGCUUCAUGUUACAGAACAAGUGACGCCUACCAAAGAAGUAAGUGCUGAGAAUACAGCCAAACUUACUAGAUCCGUGAAUCGAAAGGCGGUGGUAGAAAAGUUCGAAUUCGUUAUUCCGGCAGAAGAUCACGGUACUACGAACCAUAAUGCGGUGGUGGAAGAGCACACAGAUGGGCCUAACGGGGUGGAUAAAGAUGGUGAUGCGAUCAUGGAGACAUGA